UCUCUCUCCCCCCCUUUCUCUCUCUCACUCUCUCUCCCCCCCCCCCUUUCUCUCUCUCUCUCUCUCUCUCUCUCCCUCUCCCUGCAGCGCUCUGUCAGGCCUGGGUCAGUGAGGCAGGCCGCGGGAGGAAGAGCAGAGCGGCAGUCUGGUAGUCAGGGACGACGGGAGUGGGCAGGACCGUGGCUUCGUAGGCCUCGCUCGCUCGCUCUCUCUCUCUCUCUCUCUCUCUCUCGCUUACGCAACGUCUCGUUCGGCCCAGGCGGCGGUGACUCCUCUCUCCGUACGGGGGACACAAUGAAGUCCUGCUCUGAACGCUUCAGACGUCCCGAUCCAUUAUUCAGAUGCUCAGGUGUGGGGUUUCAGGCACGUCUGGCUAAACCUUCUUCUGAGUGAACUCCAGUCAGGGUCAGUGGAGACCCCGUGUGUUCGCAAGACGGACAUCUAAGCUAAAGCUAAGUUCACCUCAAGGUAAAAGAACAAGCUAAAGCUAAGCUGAGCCAGCACAAAUAAGGAGGAGCACUUUCAGGAAGGAAAUGAGUGUGAUCGCACAAUCAGUGUUAUGUGCAUGAACAGUGUUUUUUUUAUCAUAUGAUUUAAGGUCACACUUUUAGUAAAAUUUUAGAACAUUCAAAAAAAAAAAAAGGAUUUUUGCGCAUACUUGUACAGAUAACUUAGUCACAUUUCGCUGGUCACAUCUUAACCAAAGAAAUCUGUAGUGAAAUUAGUUUGUUAGCGCUAAUUUUGCUAAUGCUAAAGUUUUUAGUAAAUCUGGCUUUAGUGUUCAGAUUACAAGGGACAUGUUAGACCAGACAUUUUCACUCCUGAGUUCGGAAAGUCUAAUGGUGAAGAUCAGUGCUCACUGCUGCAGCUUCUCCUAUCGAUUUGGGUGAGUGUAGACAUGCACAUUCUCUGCUCGGAAGCACACGACGCAAGGUGUGGCCUUGGCUUCUCGUCACGCCACCGUUUGCCAGCGAGACACGCCCGUGGCAAGUCAGAGGAAGGUACUUUGGGUCAUUGACUGGCCUAUGCUAGAGGCGGCUGUACAUUGCCGUGUGGGGCUACUGGUAUGGCGCGGAUGAGACACCGGACUGUGGGGCCAAUUCAUACACUAGAGCAUUGCCUUAUCAAGAUAAACCACCCAGCAGUCACAAAUAUGCGAUUAGAAUGUUCUUAUCUGAACAUUCUAAUUCCGUUGUAAGAAUCACGGCUGGUAAGUGAAAACAAUGGAGAUCUAGGACACUGACUUGGAAUUUUGUAAAAAGCAAUAAGCAAUGCCUAAUUUGUUCAAGUGCAUUUAAUAAAGGGAAUCCUUGUUGCUAUUCUCCUUCCCCCCCACAGAUGGCGCUGUUGUGUCAGAGCUCUCCCAUGCUGGCGGACACCACGUACAGCGGCGUGCUCCUAGGGGCCCUCUGUGACCAGCGAGCAAAGGGCCUGUUCUGUGACGUCACAAUCGUGGUGGAGGACAUCAAGUUCCGAGCUCACAGGAACGUGCUGGCAGCCUCCAGCGGAUACUUCCGGAAUGCCCUCGCCAGCCCGGACGUGUGGACGUCCGGCCAGGUGCUGGAGCUGAUGGACCUGAGGUCCGAGGUCUUCGCCCGCAUCCUCAAUUUCAUCUACAGCUCCAAGGUGGCGCUCACCAGCGUCGAGGACGUCCGGGCUCUGGUGGCGGCCGGCAAGAGGCUGGGAAUCCCCUUUCUGGAGAGACUCUCGGUGUCCGAGACGCGAGCGGAACAAAGCGUCCCCCAGAACAGGACCCCCCUCUCCAACCGGACCCCGCUGGCCCCGGGAUCUCACAGAGCUCGGAGAAAAACGUCCGCCAGCCGACGGGGCCCCCGCAUCACCAACGCCUUCUCCAUCACCGACAUCGCCACCGGCGGCGAUCCCUUCACGCCCCUGGACCCGCGUGCGGACGGGCAGCGAUCUGUAGCCAGCAUCGCGGCCAGCUGCCCCGCCCCGGACUCCACUCCGUCCACGAGUGAGACCCUGCACACUCUGGCCGACCAUUCCUAUGCAGUGUGCUUGGGAGAAGGAGGAGGAGGAGGAGGAGGGACCGGCGCACUCUCGCUCGUGCCCUCGAACACGCCCGGGCACAAAGAGGGGUCUGCAAACACGCACUCGCCCGUGCCAACCACGUCUACGGGGCAGGUGAGCCAGGCAUGCAGCCCCCUGAAGAAGCGCCACAAGCUCUGGGGCAACCUGGAUGAACGCUCACCUGGCACACCUGGCACACCUACACAGACGCCAAGCGGCACCCACAGAGUUCCUGCCCUCACAUCUCCUUCUCCAGACUCCUCUUCCCCAAACCCAAAAAACACAAACACCCAGUGGACCCCUGCGUUAGACCUUCCCAAGACAGCCAAAACUCCCACGGCCAUGUCGGAGCAUUCUCCUGCACCCCUGCCCCUGAAGCCCGGCGAGGUAGCCCAGCACCGUGAGCCCGAGGUAGCCAGCACCCCCAUGCACAGGCGCAGAACCAGGCUCCUGGGCCUCCUGUCCUGCAGGUUCUGUCACAGGAAGUUCAUGCACUUGAAGAGGCUGCGCAACCACGAACAGGUGUGCACCAAGGGUCCAGACCGAAACGAUGGGGCGGAGGAAGAGGAGAAGGAUGCAGCGGUGAGAGGCCCCGCCUUCAUCAGUGGCCCCGCCUUCGCCGCACUCCCCCCCGGCCUGUCCGACCCCCCUGCAGCGGACCUGCCGGAGAUCGAGUGGGAGGUGGGGACAGGGGCGGGGCUGGGGGCGGGGCUGGGUUUGGGAAGCCGGGUGGGGCGGGGCCCCAGGAGGAUGUUUCCGUGCGGCGUGUGCAAGCGGGCGUACGCCACCGUCUCCAGCCUUCGGAGGCACGAGAACGUGCACUCCUGGCAGCGGGCGUACCCGUGCCACUACUGCAACAAGGUGUUCGCCCUGGCCGAGUACCGCACCAAGCACGAGGUCUGGCACACCGGCGAGCGCCGCUACCAGUGCAUCUUCUGCCUGGAGACCUUCAUGACCUACUACAUCCUGAAGAACCACCAGAAGUCCUACCACGGGAUCGACCCGCGGCUGUCCGUCAACAGGAAGUCGGCCAACGGCGGCUUCAAGUGCAGCGUCUACCCCAUCAAGCUGUACCGCCUCCUGCCCAUGAAGUUCCGGAAGAGGCGCUACAGGUCCUUCGGGCAGACCUUCUCCGAGGCUCCGGAAUUCGGGGGCCAAGCGUUUCCCGACCCCGUCGUCGGGAGCUGCGGCGGCUCCCCCUCGGCAGCGUUCGGAGAGGGCAAGGACGGGUCGCCCGUCUUCUCCGCGCCCCUGACCUUCAUGGCCACCCCGAAGAUGGUGGCGCCGGUUCAGCCUUCACGCGCGGAGGCGGAGGCGUGUUUGCGCCGGGGGGGGAUGUCCCCGCCCCCUUUGCUGUUCCACAGACAAGGCGAGUCUACAGACGGCCAUGGUUACACACUCCCCGAGCUCCAGCUGCAAACUGCCAGGACGUCAUCUCCAAUGAUCCAUGGCAAGGAGUUAGGCGACGGCCACCUGCCACCCGACAGCACGUCGGGAUCAGGCAAAGAUGCAGAACGUCGCUUAUCAAAUGCAGUGCGCCCACUAGAGGACGGACGCCGUAUUGCGGACGGUGGCAAAAUCGCGACUUACAUCGCCAAGCCGGCGUGUGCGGGCCCAUCGAGCGACGGCCAGGUGCCGCCGCUGUGCCAGAUCACCGUGAAGAUCGGCAACGAGGCCAUCGUCCGCCGCAGCAUCGCGGGGUCAAACCUCAUCCCCAGGAAGAGGAGGCGCCAUUCAACGCAGACACAGGUGGAGGGAGGCGGGGCGGGUGGAGCUGACCUUGUAGAGCGGGCUCUGAAGACACCGAGUCUUCUCCCGGGGACGAAGCAAACGAUGACCUCUUUGGGAGACGCAGAGCUGUGUGACGAUGGCGGCCUUUAUGAUGACUUGGACGAGCCGUGGCGGCCUUACUACUCGUACAAGUCGAAGAAGAAGGCGAAGAGGCUGAGGUCCAGAGACAGGAGGGGAGGCAGGCGAGCCAGACUAAGGAGGUCCACGGACAGGGAGUCAAGUCUCCAGGGGGAGGCCUACAGCCUGGAACAGAACUCGCCCUCGGCUGCAACAGACUUGCGGAUCGGGGUCCGGAAGGCGACACACAGCUGUGAGGACUGUCAGAGCACCUUCUCCUGCCUGUCCACGCUACGGAUGCACAUGGCCGACUGUCACCCCAAGGAACGGGUACACGCUUGCCGCUCAUGUGGGAAACAGCGCGCCCCGGAGGAGUUGCUGCAGGAUGACAGAGAGUUUACCUGCAGUGCAUGCGCAAGGGACGGCCCCCGCCCAGAGAACUCUGCUGGUGGCCCCGCCCAGGACCGCCGCUACCGCUGCUCCUUCUGCCCACAGCGAUUCCUCUACCUGGCCACUAGGAGGAGCCACGAGCGGAAGCACCAGGAGAAGCACGGGAAGGGCCAGGGUUGCCAAUACCUCCCCAAAAUUUCCUCCCAGGGCGUCCAUCAGAAGAGACACUCCAUAAAAACGGAGGAGGAGGAAGUGGAGGUGCAGCAGGUGGAGGUGACGGAGAGCAAACCGACGGCCGGGGAGGAGCCGAACGUGUGGGACGACGACUCCAAGCUCGGCGUUCCCGUCACGCUAAAACUGGAGGACCAGACGGAGGCGAGCGGCGGCGACCGCGACCAGGGGUCGACGAGGAGGCCAGACCCGGUCACGCUCGGGCCAGCUCAGGACAAGGCCUGAACGGACAAACCUCUGGAGAACAUUCCGGAACAUUGGAAAAAAAACCCAUCAUUCCACAGGGCAUGGGGCUUUUCCAGGGGGGGGUUCCAGCCGACAGUGGCGGAUGUGCCCGCCGACUGGUUGACUCUGUGAGGAAAUGGCUGUCGCGACACCACGGACGGUCCUCUGCGUUUAACCGCACGUCCAAUCCCCGGGGCUCUCUCAGGCCCGGGGUCCUGCAACACCCCCCCCCCCCCCCUGCCCCGGCGGGUGUCAGCAAGGAGGGGACAUGACUGGGAAACAUUUGACAAAACUAAAACGACGCUGUUGCGAUCCGUUAAGGGUACAAAAACUGAGGAAGCUGCUGGAGGUCCAGCAGGGAAAUGGAUGGGGUUUUUUUUUUUUUUUUUGAGUACUUAUGACCUCACAAUGGCGGUCUGUCUUUUUUCACCCGAGCUUGCUAACUGGCCUCCGUUAGACUGUUAGGCUGUUUGACUGUUCGAAUUUUUUGAAAACCUGUUCUUAAACAAACAACCACAAACAGAAUACCAAUGGAAGACAACUAUUUUUUUAACUCUGAGAAUUCAAUUGGUAGUUUCCUUUUUUUCACAUUUUCAGAGAUCAUUUUAUUUUUGUAAUCUUUUUUAGGAUUGGUAGGUUCCUCAGUAGACUCUCCGUUUUUGCAAACUAUGCACAUUAACGGCUUGCCAUUUCAGCGCACCCAGUUGUUGAUAUUGGUAAGAGCUUCAAUUCCCAUUCUGUGUCCCUUCAACAUGAUUGUUUCCCAGACGUUCUUGGAACCGUUCUUGUAAACAACUUUGCCAUUCGACUCUGCUAACUUGUCUUUAGCAAAUCUGACGAGAACCAAAUUUGUUAAUAGUGUCACCGCCAAGUUUUGUGUCUUAAUUUAAUUCGUCUUAGGGACCCUUUCCAGCCUAUAGCCAGGUUGCUGGAUGCUGUUAAUAAUAAAAAGAAAAAUAUUGCAACUGUCAAA